GAAGACCUGGAGCAGGAGAGGCGGACCCGAACGAACGAAAGAGACCUCGCCUGCCACCCCCGCCGAAGGCCGAGCUCGGCAAUUGCUGGCGCAUGGGGAGCAGCUUCGCUUUCUCCUCCCGGUGACCAGAGCUGGGGGAAACUCGGAGACGUUCAGCGGAGAGCUUGGAGGAAGCCUCCGCAAAGACCAGCUCGGUAAUAAUUGAACAUCAGUCUCACCCAGCAAAACUUUUCAGCAAUAUCUUCGAGACAGGCAGAUGUGCUGAACAGAAUGUAAAGUUAUCAUGGCCUUACUUACAGUGACAGAUAUGGAAGGAACAAUAUCCUCUACUAUUCACCAAAAUGGUGGCAUUGUUGGAAAUCCUACCAUUUCCAGGCAGACAGAGCAACUGUUUCGAAUUUACCUUUAUAAUUCCCCAGGAAAGACAGAAGGUGACUAUCUAGAGUUUCCAGCUGGAGAGUAUGUUGCUGAAGAAAUCUGUGUUGCUGCCUGUAAGGCUUGCGGGAUCUUGCCUGUGUACCACAACAUGUUUGCUCUAAUGAAUGAGAUUGACCGAAGUUGGUAUCCUCCAAAUUACACCUUCCAAAUAGAUGGAUCAGCUACUGUCACUGUACUCUACCGAAUAAGAUUUUAUUUCCCACAUUGGUAUUGCAGUAGCAAUAUACGAGCAUACCGGUAUGGCGUUUCUCGAGGUGCAGAGAGUCCUGUCCUUGAUGAUAUUGUCAUGUCUUACCUAUUUGCUCAGUGGCGAGAAGAUUUUGUCCAUGGAUGGGUAAAGAUGGCUGUUACUCAUGAAACACAGGAAGAAUGUCUUGGAAUGGCCGUCCUUGAUAUGAUGAGAAUGGCCAAAGAAAAGGACCAAACUCCAUUAGCCAUUUACAAUUCUGUAAGCUACAAAAUGUUCUUGCCAAAAUGUAUCAGAGAAAAAAUCCAAGAUUAUCACAUUUUGACACGAAAAAGAAUAAGGUACAGGUUCCGGAAAUUUAUUCAGCAGUUCAGCCAGUGCAAAGCAACUGCCAGAAAUCUGAAACUGAAGUAUCUCAUUAAUUUGGAAACCCUCCAGUCUGCCUUUUACUCAGAAGUAUUUGAAGUGAAGGAUCCUGGAAGAGAAUCUUCAGGUGCAGAAUCUUUUGCAACUAUUAUUAUAAAUGGAAAUGGUGGUAUACAGUGUUCCAGAGGAAAACAAAAAGUCAGUGAAACACUUACAGAAGAGGACAUACAAAGCUACUGCGAUUUUCCUGAUAUUAUAGAUGUCAGUAUUAAGCAAGCAAGCCAAGAAGGUUCUGGAGAGAGUAGAAUUGUAACCAUUCACAAGCAGGACAGCAAGAAUCUGGAAGCUGAAUUUCAUUCAUUAAAGGAUGCUCUUUCUUUUGUAUCAUUAAUUGAUGGAUAUUAUAGAUUAACUGCAGAUGCUCAUCAUUACCUUUGUAAAGAAGUAGCACCUCCUUCAGUUCUUGAAAAUAUCCAGAGCAACUGCCAUGGGCCAAUUUCCAUGGACUUUGCAAUCAAUAAACUGAAGAAAGCUGGCAAUCAGACUGGCUAUUACGUUCUUCGUUGCAGUCCAAAGGAGUUUAAUAAAUACUUCCUUACCUUUGCAGUGCAGCAAAACAGCAUACUUGAUUAUAAACACUGCUUGAUAACAAAAAAUGAAAAUGGAGAAUAUAAUCUCACUGGAACUAGAAAAAGUUUUACCAACCUUUUGGAUUUGUUGAAUUGUUAUCGGACAGAAACUGUCCGAUCAGAUAGUAUGAUUUUCCAGUUUACCAGAUGCUGCCCUCCAAAGCCAAAAGAUAAGUCCAACCUUCUUGUCUUCAGGAGCAAUGGAGAUUCUGAUAUGCCAACAUCACCCACCUUGCAGAGACAUAAUAAUGUCAACCAGAUGGUUUUUCACAAAAUUCGGAAUGAAGACCUCAUCUUUAAUGAAAGCCUUGGACAGGGAACCUUCACUAAAAUUUUCAAAGGAGUACGGAAAGAAGUAGGAGACUAUGGUAAACUGUAUCAGACUGAAGUCUUGCUGAAAGUUCUGGAUAUAAUGCACAGAAACUACUCUGAGUCUUUUUUUGAAGCAGCAAGCAUGAUGAGUCAGCUUUCUUACAAACACUUAGUAUUAAAUUAUGGAGUUUGUGUCUAUGGAGAAGAAAAUAUUCUAGUCCAGGAGUAUGUAAAAUUUGGAUCAUUGGAUACUUACUUGAAGAAAAAUAAAACUUCUAUAAAUAUCUUGUGGAAAUUAGAAGUUGCAAAACAGCUAGCAAUGGCAAUGCAUUUUCUGGAGGAUAAAAACCUUGUACAUGGGAAUGUAUGUGCAAAAAAUAUCUUGCUUAUUAGAGAGGAAGAUAGGAAGUCUGGGAACCUUCCUUUUAUCAAACUUAGCGAUCCUGGUAUCAGCAUUACAGUUUUGCCAAAAGACAUUCUUCUUGAGAGGAUUCCAUGGGUUCCCCCUGAAUGCAUUGAAAAUCCCAAGCAGUUGAGUCUGGCAGCAGACAAGUGGAGUUUUGGGACGACUCUGUGGGAAAUCUGCAGCGGGGGAGACAAACCUCUCAGUGCACUGGAUUCUCAAAGGAAGCUACAAUUUUAUGAAGAUAGGCAUCAGCUUCCUGCUCCCAAUUGGACAGAACUGGCAAAUCUGAUAAACAACUGUAUGGAAUAUGAACCAGAUUUCAGACCCUCCUUCAGAGCAGUUAUACGUGAUCUUAACAGUUUAUUUACUCCAGAUUAUGAAUUAUUGACAGAAAAUGAUAUGUUACCAAAUAUGAGAAUUGGUGCUCUUGGGUUUUCUGAAGCUUUUGAAGGACGGGACCCAACUUACUUUGAAGAGAGACACCUCAAAUUCUUGCAGCAACUUGGCAAGGGUAAUUUUGGCAGUGUGGAAAUGUGUCGAUAUGAUCCACUGCAGGACAAUACAGGGGAGGUGGUGGCUGUGAAAAAGCUGCAGCACAGCACAGAAGAAUAUCUGCGAGAUUUUGAAAGAGAAAUUGAAAUUCUCAAAUCUCUGCAACAUGAUAAUAUUGUCAAAUACAAAGGAGUGUGCUAUAGUGCUGGGCGGAGGAAUUUGAAGUUGAUAAUGGAAUAUUUACCCUAUGGAAGUUUACGGGAUUAUCUCCAGAAACACAAGGACAGGCUGGAUCAUAAGAAACUCCUACAAUAUGCUUCUCAGAUAUGUAAGGGCAUGGAGUAUCUGGGUUCAAAAAGAUAUGUACAUAGAGAUCUGGCAACACGAAAUAUCUUGGUGGAGAAUGAAAACAGAGUUAAAAUUGGAGACUUCGGCUUGACAAAAGUUUUGCCACAGGAUAAAGAGUAUUACAAAGUAAAGGAGCCAGGAGAGAGUCCUAUAUUUUGGUACGCUCUGGAAUCAUUAACAGACAACAAGUUUUCUGUGGCCUCAGACAUGUGGAGCUUUGGUGUGGUUUUAUAUGAACUCUUCACUUAUAUAGACAAGAAUAAAAGCCCUCCAGCGGAGUUCAUGCGCAUGAUUGGAAAUGAUAAGCAAAACCAGAUGAUUGUAUUCCAUUUGAUAGAGCUUUUGAAGAAUAAUGGAAGGCUGCCAAGACCUGACGGAUGCCCUGAUGAGGUUUAUGCCAUCAUGGCAGAGUGCUGGAAUAAUAAUUCAAGUCUGCGACCAUCUUUUAGGGAUCUUGCUUUGAGAGUGGAUUUCAUAAGGGAAAGCAUGGGUGGAUGAAAAUACUGGAAUUCAUCCAAAGGGACAUGAAAACAUGCAGAGCAAACGUACUUUGCUCCUUAGGCAGUUGCAGAUUAUUGGCCUUCCCAUCCAUCUUUGAAGACAGAGACUUUAGGGAAAUCAUCCCAUCAGAACUUGCACAUGGUGAAGAUCUCUGCUUAGUUUCUUCAUCAGGAAUGCCACGAUGCACCAACGGAAAGCUCUUCGAUAGAAAAAGGAGUUCCUUUUUUAAAAAAGUAAAACCGUGGUUAGUCAGGAUCACCUAAUACAGAUUUGCAAAUAAAAAUGCCAAGAAGAAAAGUUAUGGAAAAAUGGAGAGUUGGUCUACAUAAUUUUUUUUCUGAGCUGAAGAUAAUUUAGGCUGCCAUCCUGUAUCCUGUACAUGGGGUAUGCCCAAUUAAUUUCUGUGGGACUUAUUUUAAGAAGACAUAUAGAUUUGUGCUCUUAAACAGUAGAUUACAUGCAGAAUUUGUAUGAUUCAGUUUCAGCACAACUGUUAAAAAUUUUCACAUUCCCAAAAACGUAACUUUCAAGAGGAACAAAUGUUUUGAACUGAAGCUUAGCAAUGCAUAUGGACUUCAAAUUCACCUGGUCACUUGUACUGAUUCUGCCUAAUCUGUCUUUUACUCCCCAUUUGUCCAUUGUGCUUUCCGUAAGUAGAUGAGAUUAAUUUGUUCCUUCGCCUAAUGUGUAUUUCUUAUAUAUGAUUAUGCAGUUCUUUGAGAAUAUGCAUUAAAUAUAAAAAGACAGUGGAAGUGUAGUAGAGAAGCAAAGAGUUAUCAAUCAAGGUGAGAGAGGAAGAUAACACAACUGGUUCUUGGAGUGACCUUUAUAUCACGGAAUAUCCCCAUAUUUUCAACAUGGCACCCAGAAGCAGAUUCCUCCAAAAGAUGCAGAAGAGGCAUAUGCCCUACUGGUAUUCACAAAGGCAAUCUGAGUGGCCAUUAACUACAUUCCAAAAAGCUCCCUGGAAUUCCUGUUUGCCUUCUCGGUAGAAAACAGAACGGUUUGGCAUCCUUUUUCAUGGCUUACACAAGGGCUUGCAUUUUUGUAAUGGGUUUGGGUAGUUUUCCCAAUGUCAAGGCAUUAUGGCUCCAGUGAACAGAACAAACCAUAUUUUUAGUACUUGAUUGAGCAACUGUCUAUAUGCCUAUCUGAGCCAGUGGCUGGCCAGUGAGAGAAGCAGAUACAUGUUGAGGUGGUAUGAUGUAUAUAUUUUGGGGAAAAAAGGGAACAAAUAAGUACCUCUAAAAAGAAAACCUGUUAAAAUUGCCUUUUUAAAUAAGCAUAUAGCAGUCUAUUUUCCUACAUUGGUGUGUGUGGAUUUGUAAAGCUCUAGCUAUGUCUCCUAAAGGUACAAAGAUCGAAACCAUCUUGUAGCAGCUUAAUCCUUGUUAAUCUUGUCAUUUCCUUAACUUUCAUAGGAUGACUCAUUCACCUAACAACAGAAAUAUGUCUCUGAUGUUACCAGGACAAACAUGGCCCAUCUUCUCUUGAGAUAUUGGGCCAUUUGGCUGUAAGUAACUUCAGCCAUGUAAUAGGGCUUGGUUGCCAUUAUACUGCCUAAAUUGUGAAAUAAGUGUUAGUCACUGCAGAUUCAUGCUUGUCAGUAUCAGUGGCACAACUUCAUGCUUGCAAAAUAGUAAGCGCUUUCUGGCACUCUUGUGUCUUCAAACUGUAUGGCAACUUAAGGGUUGACCAUAGUAAUUCAGAGGAAAGCAAGUGAAUUGGAUAUUCUACCUUGUUCCAUAGUUUGACCGCCAAGUCUUGCUUUUGAAACGUAAGGGAUCUUUUAGGUAAAUUUGAGUUCAGUUAAAUUCCUAAUAUCAAAUGAGUAAGUUUGGUCAAAGAAGCAGUGGUUCUUUGCUAUAAAAGCCAAAUUAAAACUUGAAGUGCAUUUGAAUGUUUGGCAAAAUGUAGGGUAGGUGGCCAUGUUCUGUAAGCCUCUAGUCAGUUUACUUACGUACCUACCUCAAGCAUAGAAGAAGGUGCAGCAAUGUGAAUCUUGUAUAGGAUUAAACAAGUACCUCAAAAUGCAGAUGUCCAGCCUGUGAGUGCCAGUUUACAAUUGUUUUGUGCCGCUGUGAGCACUGGCAUAUGCAUCAAAGGGGACUGAGUAGGUCUGGCAUAGCCUCAGUCUAGCUUGCUAGUAGGGGUACAGGUCCCAUGUAUUUUGGAGAAUCCAUGUACAAACAGUAGUUCUAUUGGUGGGAGGUGUUAGGAAGCCCCUGCAUGAGAGGAGGCAUCCCAGUAUCUAAUUUGCUCAGGUAAAACCUUAAUUUUAUUUUAAAGAGUAGGGAAAUAUGCUAAGCAACUAGGGGCAGGGAAGUUGAAAUUGUAAAUAGUUAUAUUUUGUAAACGUCUGUUAUCCUUUGAUGGCUGAAAAUUUUCAAAUAAUUAGCAUUUUAAGAGACAGUUGGUGUAUAUUUUUAAUGGCUUUGGUCAAUACAUUGCACAUUUGUACAUUGAUCUAGAAUUUAUUAUACAGAAACUGCAUUUUGGUUUUGUAAAAUAUUGUGGUAAAUGGCUUGGUGGGGGGAUUCCCAUGUUAACCAAAUUAUAGUAGCAUCAGGUUUAAAGCAACACUAGGCAUCAGGAUAAACAUAUGCAGCAGUCUGAUCAUUAUCGAACUUCAUCCAUCUGAUCAAGGAUUUCAUGUUCCAUAUAAAGAAAAAAAAACUCAGGGAAUUUUGUGUAAUGCAAGGAAAAGAUCUUCCAUAAUGUUAUUUUUUCAAGUGAGUAUUUUUUUUGUUUGAUCUAGUAGAAUUGAAAUAUUCUAGUUUCCUGAUAUAAGGAAUUUCAGAUACUUAAGAAAUAUUUGGAGUAUUUUAAGAGUUUUGAAACCUACUCUGUUUUGAAUUUCCAUUGUUGCAGUCAUAUAGACACUUGCACGAAGUAAAUCCCUUUGAGCUUAGUGAGAUUUAUUUCUAAGUGAGCAUGUAUAGGAUAGUGCUGUCAAAAAUUAAGCUUUGUCCAAAUUUCUUUUUCAUUUUAUUAAUUUCACUUUGGCACUGUUUAAAUGGAAAUUCAAGCAGAUUCUGCUUUUUGGCAAAAAUAUUUCCACAUUUUCAUGGAAGUUUCUUAAAACUGUAUUUCUGGAUACAGUCUUUCAGGCUGGAUUGGAGACUGCUUUAAAAAUGUUCAGGUGCAACUUUUUAAAAGACAUAAGAGGCUUUCAAGAGAGGAGGCUUCUCAAAAAAAUUAAUGUGUUUGCUGAGCUAUUGCACCUGUCUCUGGUUCUUGUCCAUAUGCAUGAGAUCUUGAUUUCAUUUGUGCUUUCAGAUAACUCUUAGUCGCUCAUACAAUUCAAAUACAAUAACAACAACCAGUAUCUCUUUUGAAAAUUAGUGCGUUUCAAAAAAUGUCUGUAACUCUGCGAUAAUAGUUUUGUACAUGUCAUUUAAACAUUAUAUUAUACAAUUCGUGCAACAGCAAUGUUCUCAGUUUCUUUCCUAUUCCACUGUAGGAAGAGAGCUGUGUUAGUGUAUGAUAGCCAAAAAUCAAGAGGAAUCCAGUAGCACCUUUCAGCUUAACAGAUUUUAUUAAAAAGCAUUAGCUUUCAUGAGCCACAGCAUGCUUCUGAUGAAGUGAGCUGUAGCCCACAAAAGUGUAUGUGUUUUAAUAAAAUCUGUUAAUAUAAAAAGGUACUACAAGACUCCUCCUGAUUCUUCCUUUUCCAGAGUUGCUAUUCAUUUUAUCAUAAUGGUUUACCAUGAUACCAACAAUUGCUGUGACUUGCUUUAGAAAAAAAUGCACAGAUAAGACUGCUGCUGUUGAGUAAAGUGAUAAUAUCACAACUACUGCUUUUUAGAACUUUUUAAAAUCUAUAUCAUUUUAUAUAAAUAGGUUGUAUUUUGUAAAACACUUCUGUACUUUUAUUUGCUAAUUGGUCUGUGGUCCAGUAUGCUAGCUUUCAGAAUAAUUUGCUUUAAAUGUAUACUAAGAUAUCAGAGUAUUAAAUAUUUUUAAGAACU